CCUGCCCCUCUCUGACUGCACCGUCCCGGCGCUCCCACCGCCGCCGCUGACGCCCAGCAGAGCCCCCGGGGCGGUCCCCACCGACGGCGCAGCCCACCGGGACCGGGAGGAAGCAGCUGCGGCCACCGCGCCCGUGCGUCCACACGCCCGCCCGCCAGGUGCCCCAGCAGCGCGGCCGCCGAGAUGCCCAGCCCUCCCGGGCUCCGGGCACUGUGGCUUUGCGCCGCGCUGUGCGCCUCCCGGAGCGCCGGCGGCGCCCCCCGGCCCGGCCCGGGGCCCACUGCUUGCCCGGCCCCCUGCCACUGCCAGGAGGACGGCAUCAUGCUGUCUGCCGACUGCUCUGAGCUCGGGCUGUCCGCCGUACCGGGGGACCUGGACCCCCUGACGGCUUACCUGGACCUCAGUAUGAACAACCUCACAGAGCUUCAGCCUGGCCUCUUCCACCACCUGCGCUUCCUGGAGGAGCUGCGUCUCUCUGGGAACCAUCUCUCACACAUCCCAGGACAAGCAUUCUCUGGUCUCUACAGCCUGAAAAUCCUGAUGCUUCAGAACAACCAGCUGGGAGGAAUCCCCGCAGAGGCACUGUGGGAGCUGCCGAGCCUGCAGUCGCUGCGCCUAGAUGCCAACCUCAUCUCCCUGGUCCCGGAGAGGAGCUUUGAGGGGCUGUCCUCCCUCCGCCACCUCUGGCUGGACGACAAUGCACUCACGGAGAUCCCUGUCAGGGCCCUCAACAACCUCCCUGCCCUGCAGGCCAUGACCCUGGCCCUCAACCGCAUCAGCCACAUCCCCGACUACGCCUUCCAGAAUCUCACCAGCCUUGUGGUGCUGCAUUUGCAUAACAACCGCAUCCAGCAUCUGGGGACCCACAGCUUCGAGGGGCUGCACAAUCUGGAGACACUAGACCUGAAUUAUAACGAGCUACAGGAAUUCCCCGUGGCCAUCCGGACCCUGGGCAGACUGCAGGAACUGGGGUUCCAUAACAACAACAUCAAGGCCAUCCCAGAAAAGGCCUUCAUGGGGAACCCUCUGCUACAGACGAUACACUUUUAUGAUAACCCAAUCCAGUUUGUGGGAAGAUCGGCAUUUCAGUACCUGCCUAAACUCCACACACUAUCUCUGAAUGGUGCCACGGACAUCCAGGAGUUUCCAGAUCUCAAAGGCACCACCAGCCUGGAGAUUCUGACCCUGACCCGCGCAGGCAUCCGGCUGCUCCCAUCGGGGAUGUGCCAACAGCUGCCCAGGCUCCGAGUCUUGGAACUGUCUCACAAUCAAAUUGAGGAGCUGCCCAGCCUGCACAGGUGUCAGAAAUUGGAGGAAAUCGGCCUCCAACACAAUCGCAUCUGGGAAAUUGGAGCUGACACCUUCAGACAGCUGAGCUCACUGCAAGCCCUGGAUCUUAGCUGGAAUGCCAUCCGGUCCAUCCACCCCGAGGCCUUCUCCACCUUGCGCUCCCUGGUCAAGCUGGACCUGACAGACAACCAGCUGACCACACUGCCCCUGGCUGGACUUGGGAGCUUGAUGCAUCUGAAGCUCAAAGGGAACAUGGCUCUCUCCCAGGCCUUCUCCAAGGACAGUUUCCCAAAACUGAGGAUCCUGGAGGUGCCUUAUGCCUACCAGUGCUGUCCCUAUGGGAUGUGUGCCAGCUUCUUCAAGGCCUCUGGGCAAUGGGAGGCUGAAGACCUUCACCUUGAUGAUGAGGAGUCUUCAAAACGGCCGCUUGGCCUCCUUUCCAGACAAGCAGAGAACCACUAUGACCUGGACCUAGAUGAGCUCCAGCUGGAGAUGGAGGACUCAAAGCCACACCCCAGUGUCCAGUGUAGCCCUACUCCAGGCCCCUUCAAGCCCUGUGAGCACCUCUUUGAAAGCUGGGGCAUCCGCCUGGCCGUGUGGGCCAUCGUGUUGCUCUCUGUGCUCUGCAAUGGACUGGUGCUGCUGACCGUGUUCGCUGGCGGCCCUGUCCCCCUACCCCCGGUCAAGUUUGUGGUAGGUGCGAUUGCAGGCGCCAACACCUUGACUGGCAUUUCCUGUGGCCUUCUAGCCUCCGUCGAUGCCCUGACCUUUGGCCAGUUCUCCGAGUACGGAGCCCGCUGGGAGAUGGGGCUGGGCUGCAGGGUCACUGGCUUCCUGGCAGUACUUGGAUCGGAGGCGUCGGUGCUGCUGCUCACUCUGGCCGCAGUGCAGUGCAGCAUCUCUGUCUCUUGCGUCCGGGCCUAUGGGAAGUCCCCCUCCCUGGGCAGCGUUCGAGCAGGGGUCCUGGGCUGCCUGGCGCUGGCAGGGCUGGCGGCCGCGCUGCCCCUGGCCUCAGUGGGAGAAUACGGGGCCUCCCCACUCUGCCUGCCCUACGCGCCGCCUGAGGGCCAGCCAGCAGCCCUGGGCUUCGCCGUGGCCCUGGUGAUGAUGAACUCCUUCUGUUUCCUGGUCGUGGCCGGUGCCUACAUCAAACUCUACUGUGACCUGCCGCGGGGCGACUUUGAGGCCGUGUGGGACUGCGCCAUGGUGAGGCAUGUGGCCUGGCUCAUCUUCGCAGACGGGCUCCUCUACUGUCCCGUGGCCUUCCUCAGCUUCGCCUCCAUGCUGGGCCUCUUGCCUGUCACGCCCGAGGCCGUCAAGUCUGUCCUGCUGGUGGUGCUGCCGCUGCCUGCCUGCCUCAACCCACUGCUCUACCUGCUCUUCAACCCCCACUUCCGGGAUGACCUUCGGCGGCUUCGGCCCCGCGCAGGCGCCUCAGGGCCCCUAGCCUAUGCUGCGGCCGGGGAGCUGGAGAAGAGCUCCUGCGAUUCUACCCAGGCCCUGGUGGCCUUGUCUGAUGUGGAUCUCAUUCUGGAAGCUUCUGAAGCUGGGCGGCCCCCUGGGCUGGAGACGUAUGGCUUCCCCUCAGUGACCCUCAUCUGUCAGCAGCCAGGGGCCCCCAGGCUGGAGGGAAGCCAUUGUGUAGAGCCAGAGGGGAAUCACUUUGGGAACCCCCAACCCUCCUUGGAUGGAGAACUGCUGCUGAGGGCAGAGGGAGCUAUGCCAGCAGGUGGAGGCUCAUCAGGGGGUGGCAGCUUUCGGCCCUCUGGCUUGGCCUUUGCUUCACACGUGUAAAUAUCCGUCCCCAUUCUUCUCUUCCCCUCUCUUCCUUUCCUCUCUCCCCCUCGGUGAAUGAUGGCUGCUUCUAAAAUAAAUACAACCAAAACUCAGCCCAGUCCCUCGCUCCACUGAUCACCUCUCUCCCGUGACUAUCACCAACGAGUGCCUCUUGGCCUGGCUUUCCCUUGGCCUUCCUCAGUUUCACCUUCAUGCUGAGCCUCUUCCUUGUCAUGUCUGAAGCUGUGGACCAGAGACCUGGACAUCUGUUGCUUAAGGGAAAUGAGGGAAAUAAAGACAGUGAAGGGGUGAAGGAUUGAUCAGGGCACAGUGGACAGGGAGACCUCACAGAGAAAGGUCUGGAAGGUGAUUUCCCAUGUGACUCAUGGAUAGGAUACAAAAUGUGUUCUGUGUACCAUUAAUCUUGACAUAUGCCAUGCAUAAAGACUUCCCAUUAAAAUAAGCUUUGGAAGAGAUUCCACAUGAUGUCUUUUUCUUAGAGAUUCACAGUGCAUGUUAGUGUAAUAAAAGAGAGAAGUCCUACA